AGAAGAUCACGGCGGUCACAUCUGAUUAGAAGCUUCUCGGUAUCCUCUGCCACUCGAAGUCGAGAAUUCUUAUCAUCAACAACCAGCUACGGCGCCGGAAAGCAUGAUACACCUGAUGACCACAGCUUAAUCUGUACUGAGUGAUAUCUUACUGACGGUCUCCCUGACACGCCGUGAAGUCUCUCCAAGUUGAAGUGGCUGUUCCAGAACCAGUUCCUGAUGUGUAAAUGCAACACAUUCUUUCACCGAAAGGAGAAAACUUCUCAGCUAAAUACGCCUAAGCAUUACGUGGCGUAACUACAAUUCAUCGUUCUCGACGCCUGCGAAGAAAUGGCUUUCUCUCACGCUCUAGAGAAGUACGUUGGCUUCGGUCUUUUCAACAAAACAUUACUGGUUGCUAUUAUCAUCAUCGAAACGUGGCAUGAAUCAUGGAGCUUCUUCGGACACUUGUUCGUGCUGCUGACGCCUGACAACCAAUGGUGUAUCAACAAUCAGAGCGAAUGGAAGACGUUCAACAAAUCAACCAUGACACCCGGAGGGUGCCAGUUCCUGGAACAGUCCAAUAACAGCGGAAACGUUACAUUCAUUGUAGACAAAGAAUCCACGUGCGAUUCUGGUUGGAUCUACGACGCUAGUAUAUUCCUCACAGCGACCAUGGAGAAAGGCUGGCUGUGCGGGGAGAGCACUCAGCUGUACAUCAUUCAUACUUGCCACUGGGUUGGUUCCACCGUGGGAUUUCUCAUAUCAGGAUUCUUAGCUGACAGGUUCGGAAGAAAGAAGACUGUUUGUGGAUUGCUGGUGAUGACGAUACUGAGCAAUCUGGGAAGCGUAUUGUUUACUGACCACACCACUUUCUCAAUAUUCCGUUUCUUCUCCGGUGCUGGUACAUACACAGCGUCCGCUUCUUGUUUUAUACUAGUCAUGGAAUACACCAUCGCAUCGAAACGAACACUGGUGGCGUUCAUCUGGGGAUUGAACUGGACGCUUGCAAGCACUACGUUUCCGUGGUACGCCAGCUACAUUUCCAGUUGGCGGGGACUCUUCAUCACCGUAGCCGCAGUGGAAGCUGUGUUGCUAUUUGUUUUCUGGUGGGCACCAGAGUCAUCGUCGUGGCUCUUAUCUGUGGGCAAUAAAAAGGAAGCUACAACUAUUCUGCUCAGCAUAGCAAAGAUAAACGGAAAUGUCGUCACUGAAGACCAAAUGGAAUCGUCCUUAUGCCAGAAAGGUGAGGACGAUUUGGAAAUCAGCUGCGCGGGAGAUACAAAGUCAUUUUGGAGGACAACUUUCGCACUGGUGGAGACGCCAAGGAUUCGUCGCAGCACCCUGCUCAUUUUGCCGAUAUUGUGCAUGAUAACGAUGUGUUACUACGUGGGCUCCAUGCAGUUGGGUCGUUUGGGCCUCGACGUCUACGCCACAUAUUCUGUGUCGUCCGCUUUCGAGCUUCCCAUGAACAUCAUUUGCAUAUUGGUGCUCGAUCGCCUGGGACGACGGUGGCCGAACUUCACCUUCAUGUUAAUCGGCGGUGUCGUCAGCAUCAUAAUGGUCAUCGUGAAAACAGACUCUCAUGCUUGGACCCUGGCGAUGGCUGUGACGUUCAUGACUUGCUUCAGCGGGGGCUUUAACAUCACCUGCCAGACCGGAGCAGAGAUAUUCCCGACGGUUAUUCGUGCCAGAGCCUUCCUUUUACAACAUGUCAUGGCCGUCAUCGGGAACGUCCUGGGGACACCCGUCGCUGCUACGAUUGAAUGGAACCAAUAUUUCCCUGUGCUCGUGUGUGGCAUCACAGCUCUCAUUGCGGCUAUUAUGAUCCUGUUCCUUCCCGAGAGUGUCGGAUUACCUUUGCCGCAGACCAUCAGCGAUGGGGAGAACUUAGGCAAAGACAGGGGAUUCUGUUUCUGUCCGUGUAUAGCGACGCAAUGGACUCGCGAAGAGAUAGACAAGGAAGAGCACAUCACGUCUAUUUACACGGGCCACCACGAUCCUAUAGUGCAACGGCGUGUGUGAUGUGAAAUACGCAAGAAAAGAACGCAAUUCAGGUUCAGCCCACAUGCUGAUUUUUCACUGGAUAUUAGGGAAAUCGUUUAUGAACACUGAGGAGCACGCAUCAUUAUUCAACAACAUAUAUCGUUUGUCCAGGGCACAAUAAACAUUUGUCAGCGAGUAUCGCUUAGCUUCCGCGCAUUAUAAAACCAGACAUUCAGCUGAUGCAAGUGGCUCGCGUAGUAUAUAGUUGGAUUGAGAAUGACGCCACUUUACAUCGCGCCGUGCAGCGUAAAACACGAUUGCGCUAUAUUCGGACCUUCCUGCAAUGUAGUGAACUUGUUGUAUUUCCUUGUGUCGCGAAUACACAGCUCCGAGAUCUUAGCACAACGUGCCGAGUCAUUCAGUUCUUACCGGCUUUCUGCUACACUUUCGUAUUGGCAUAUGAUAUGCGUGUGGUAUUAAAUGAUGACAUUCUCUUA